UUACUAAACAAUAACGUUAACGUGCAUAAUAUAACAAUUUUUUUUUUGUGAAAAUAAACGUUAAACUAUAAGUCGUUUUUUUAUUAUUCCAUAUUGUGGCGUAGUACGUAGUGUUGAAACCAAAAUUCUCUUUGAAUUUUGUGCCUAAAUUAGUAGUUUAUAGUGUUAACAUUUUGUAGAUAAAUUUUUGUAAUUUAAAGCUAUGCAAAACGUUAUAAACAGUGUUAAGGGAACAGCCUUGGGAGUUGCAGAAUACCUGACUCCUGUCUUAAAAGAAUCAAAAUUUAAAGAAACUGGUGUUGUGACGCCACAAGAAUUUAUUAUAGCAGGUGAUCACUUAGUUCAUACUUGCCCGACGUGGGAAUGGGCUAGUGGAGAUGAUUCAAAGACAAAAUCGUAUUUACCUAAAAGUAAACAAUAUCUGAUAACAAGAAAUGUACCAUGUUUACGACGAUGUAAGCAAAUUGAAAAUUGUGAAGUCCAAGAAAAUAUUGUUGAGGCAGAAGAUGGAAAUGAGGGCUGGGUUGAAACUGUUCACUUAGACUCUUCACUUUCUCCGACAAGUGAAAAUGUAUCUCAUAUCCCUCAUAUGGAGAAAAAAUUAAGUCAAAAUCAAAGUAAUCAAAUUUCUGGACAUUCGGAAAGUGAAAAUAUAAAUAUAGUCAACUUAAAUAAUACUUCUGAUGAUGAUGAUGAGGAUGAAGGUGAUGCUAUCGAUAUGGAUAAAUUUGUAGAAAGUGGAAUGUUGGAAGACGAUUCGGCUGUUAUUUACCCUGCGAAAAGUGCUCAAAAAUAUGAAUCGUGUUCACCUUCUGAAGAAAUUCUAAAGACUCGUACAUACGAUUUGCACAUUACUUAUGAUAAAUUUUAUCAAACACCAAGAUUAUGGCUUUAUGGGUAUAAUGAAAAUCGAAUGCCAUUAAGCGUUGAAGAGAUGUAUGAAGACGUAAGUCAAGAUUAUGCUAAAAAAACUGUGACGAUGGAAUCUCAUCCUCAUAUUCCUGGUCCACCAAUGGCUUCUAUACACCCUUGCAAACAUGCAGAGAUAAUGAAAAAGCUAAUCCAGACUGUGACGGAAGGCGGUAGAGAUUUAGGUGUUCAUUUGUACUUGAUUAUCUUUUUGAAAUUUGUGCAAUCAGUCAUACCAACCAUAGAUUACGACUACACACAAAAUAUUAACUUAUAAUUAAUAGAUUGAGAAAUAAAUAAAUUGGUACAAAAAAAUUA